AUGAAUGAACCUACCAAGUCUCUUGUAUCAGAUAAAGGAAAAGAUUAAAAAAUGAUGAUUAUUGAAGACUUCGAUUAAUUUCCAAUUUACUAAGGUUUAAAUGAUAAGCGUAAUUCCCACAGUAGACCAACCAAUAAUUAGAACUUCAUAAAAAUAAAUGAAAACAGCAAUACAUAAUCAGAAAGAAAUGAUUCAUUGAAGCAGUAUCAACAGUAUCAAAUACAAUAGCAAGAUAUUUAUAUAGGAAAUUAUCAAUAAGACUACAACUUUUCCCCUGAUCUAAAACAAAAAUAUAGCAGUAUUGAGACAGAUGAAUAGAAUCAAAUCAAUUUUGAGCAUCUAUAGAUGCAUUAGAUACAUCCUGAGCUUAAUCCUAAUGACAUUCAGUAAUACAUUAACGCUGAGCAUCAUUAAAUGACAAAUUCUGUGAGAGAUCAUUAACCUAAUUUGAAAGCAUUAGAUAACAUAGAACAAGCUUAAUAUUUGAAUAAUUAGGUUACAGGAAAUACUAUAAUAAAUAUAAAUUCAGAUAGUGAUCCAAAAAUAAAAAGACCACAAACUGCUAUUCAACCUUAUAAAAGGAGGGCUUUGAAAUCAAGAUAGCUUUUAAGUCGAUAGGGGAUUUCAAGCAAAAAGACUUUCAAAGAUGAUGGUAAUGGGAUUAGUAGUAAUAAUCCACGAUCACUUCAAAAGCAUUCAAGCAUUGACCAAUGCUUUCCAACUAAUUUAAAUAGAGUUGCUUUUGGUACAGUUUAAAAAGCAUUUGUAAAGCCUUUAGCUUUCAAAUAUGGAGCUUAGUUUAAAAAUAAGUCUGAGGAGGCGAGGUAUCACAAAAUAUCCUCUUAAAUUUUGAAACUAAGACAUUUACUAAUCAAUGAUCCACCUUCUUCACAUGAGUAUAUAUUCAAGUUCUUGAAGUAAUUUUUUUCUUUGGAAUAAAUCAGUAGCUUCACUGAUGAUGGAUUAAGAAACUUUAUUUAAGCUAUUAUUGAAGUUAGAAUACUUGAUCCCAAUAUGAAAGUAGAAAACUUCAUCAAAUAGAGUAUGAAGGGAUAAAAAUUACUAACUUAGCCUAGCUAAUAAUAGGAUAAUGAAGAGGAUAUUGAAUAAAGUAAAUCUGUAUUGAUUACAUAGAACAGAUAUGGGUCUGUAGGAAAAUUUGAGAAGGGUAACUUUAUAACACACAGGAAUAGAUUGAAUAGCAAUACAGCUGUUAAGAUAAGUUCUAAUAAGCUUGAAAUUUCCUCAUCUAGUCCAAUCAUGAACAAUACAGAUGUCAUUUAAUCAAGGACUCUACUAAAUAAUAUUCAAUAUCAAAAGAAUUCACAGUCUCCUUCUGUACCAAGAUUUAAUAUUUCUGACAACAAAUCAGUUAUAACAAAGAGUACCAAGCAGAAUAACUAGUCAAGGACAACUGGAUUUUCAAGAAAUCUUGAGGUAUAACAUUCAUCAGCUUCCCCAGUGAAAUACAUAAUGUAUAGUCCUCUAUCUGGAAAACCAGAACCUUUUGUUAAAAAUAUCAAAAUUCCAAAACUUGGACCAGUAAGCUUAAACAGAUAGUAGUAGGAUGGAAGCUCUCCAAAUCCUAAAAAGAUGAUUUACAACUACAUUAAUCAGCAAGAAAUCAGAAUAGCCUAUGAGAUUUAACCACCCAGUUGCAAGGAGCCGAGGAAAGAAUGCUAACUUAGUUUGCUUAGUGAAAUUGAGGGUUACAAUCCAUCAAGUUUAACAUUACUAUAGCAUGAACGUUUGGAAAAAUCCAUUUCCACAAUAAACUACUACAAAGGUUUCGCUUAUUAAAAUUAGGCUUAGAAUCCAGAGUCAAGUUCUGAGUAAAAUAAUGAGCAGCAGCAGAAGGAAUGGUCAAAUUUUAUCAUAAAUAAUGAAUAGUAAUAGAUUUACAAUCAAAACUGA